AUGAGUUCGUUCAGUACGAGGGCUCUGACGCUGCUCUCGUCUGUUUUCGGGGCCUGCGGUUUGCUGCUGGUGGGCGUUGCCGUGUCGACGGACUACUGGCUGCUGAUGGAGGAGGGAAUCGUGCUGCAGCAGAAUCAGACCACCGAGGUCAAGAUGGCGCUGCACUCUGGACUCUGGAGGGUUUGCUUCGUGGCCGGACCUGAGAAGGGCAGAUGUGUGGCUUCAGAGUAUUUCACCGAGCCAGAGAUAGAAAUUACCACAGAAAAUACAGCCAACAUCCUCAAAAUGGUGCGGACAGCCACUCCCUUCCCUAUGAUUUCCCUGCUCUUCGUCUUCACCGCCUUCGUCAUCAGCAACAUCGGACACAUCCGGCCGCAGCGCACCAUCCUCGCCUUCGUUUCGGGCAUAUUCUUCAUACUGUCAGGUCUCAGUCUGGUGGUGGGUCUGGUCUUGUAUAUCUCCAGUAUUAAUGACGAGGUGAUGAACCGACCCAGAGAGCCCGAGCAGUUCUUCCACUACCGCUACGGCUGGUCCUUCGCCUUCGCUGCCUCGUCCUUCCUACUCAAAGAGGGUGCAGGAGUGAUGUCCGUCUACCUCUUCAUGAAGCGCUACGCCGAGGAGGAGCUGUACCGACCCCACCCGACCCUCUACCGCCCCCGCAUGUCCGACUGCAGCGACUACAGCGGCCAGUUCCUCCACCCGGACUCCUGGCCUCCACCUCAGCGAGGCCGCAGCCCCUCCGACGUCUCCUCUGACAUUUCCAUCCAGCUCAACCAAACUCCGCCCCCGCAGCCCCCACCCAAGGGUGGCAGCAGCUCCCAGCCGACCCCCUCCUCUUCAGGUCCGUCCUCCGCAGCCAGCUACCAGCUCCAGCCGGCCUCCUCCUCCUCCACCUCCUCCUCUUACCCCCAUCCCCUCCAUCCGGCUGCCACCUCUACCUUACCAAGGGUGUCACACGCUCACGCCCACACCCAUGGUCACCCUCACCCUCAGCCCCACCCUCACCCUCACCCGAGCGGACCCCCACCCCAGUCGAUGCCAAUGGCGGGGCCGCCCUCGCACGUUCCUCCACCUCGCUACCACACGCACAUGCGGAUGAGCGCCUCGCCAUGCUAG